AUGCUCGAGCUACACGUUUGGGGUCCAGCGUUCGGCUUGCCGUCCAUUGACGCUCAUUGUCUGGCAGCAAUUGCAUAUCUGCAGCAAGCUGUCCCGCGCACAGAAUGGCAACUGAUAGCAACCAGUGACCCAGCGCUCAGUCCUACCAAUACGCUGCCAGCCCUCAGGAAUGGAAACGUCUGGAUUGGCGGUUUCCGAAAUAUCUUCUACUAUCUUGCGAAAUUCUCUGCUGGAGAAUGGACACCCGAUGCCGGACUACCAAGGCAAGAGAGCGCCGAUUGCAUAGCAUUCUCCUCUUUCGUGGAAUCCCAUGGCCAAUCCCUCCUCGACCUCUCCCUCUACGUCUCUUCCCAGAACUACACCGAAGUAACACGCCCUCUGUACAACAAAAUCCAGCCCUUCCCUCUCCCAUACCUCACACCAUCGUCAAUACGCGCCGCAGCAAAACUUCGCACCGAUCAUCUCGGCCUCUCAUCCCUGGACAUCGACACCGACGAAAAUACGCCCUCUCCCGAGCCUUCCAUAAUCCCCGCGACUCUGCGAAGGCCAAAACACACUGUGUCCAGCAUGUUAGCUGCCUCCCCGGAAGCCAGCGCACGGUUCAAACUUGACGCCCUAGCUACCGCUUUUUUUGAGCCUCUGCAAGACUUGCGCGCUGGGAAGAAGUUCUUCAUUUCGGAUAAUCAGUUUUCGAGUCUAGACUUUUUGGCAUUGGGAUAUCUAACUUUGAUGCUUGUGCCGGACUUGCCUCAGCCGUGGCUUGCACGGACGAUGCGAGAGAAGUUUCCGGAACUGUGCGAGUGGACCGAGGAGCUGUGUGAUGCAACAUUUGGAAGGGAGAAGACUACACUCGAGGAUGCAUUCCUUGUGAUUCCCGGGGGUUCUAAAGAAGAUGAACUAUCGAAGAGAUUAAGAGGCAAAGGACAACUGCCAUGGAGGCCGUCAAAUAACAGGGGUGCUCUGGAUACUGGCAAAGUGUUUGUGUCGAGUCUUGCAGAAUCAAUGCCGAUCUUUGGGCAACUGAGCAGAAGUAAAAGGACGAAGAAACAAGGCGGCAGUGCGCGCCACGACAAUGUACCAAGCUCUUCGUGGCAGUACUUUGGGCUGAUAAGCAGUGUAAUAGCUGGAUUGGGCUUGGGCAUCGGGUAUUUGUUCCAGCAAGGCCUCAUAUCACUGCCCGGAGAGGAACCGGAGAAGUCAAAAAUCAGAGAUUUAGGCCCUCUUGGGGACGCUUUGGGGUUUUACGGGAACGGAACCGGUGCUGCGAUUCAGAGGCAGACUGAGAUAGAUGACGCUCCUUAUGCAGACCCGAUAGUAGAAGUGGAGGUUGCUUAA